GGAGGGGCUCCACAGAACUGAUGAAAUUCUCAACAUAUAAAUAGACAACCAACGCCACUGCUAUCAUAUUCGUGGUGUGACUCCAAACAACAUGCAGGGAUUAGUUCAGGUGUGUUUGCUGGCGGUAAUCGCUGUGGCCUCUGCGCUUCCUCAGGGCCAAAAACCCAUCGCCAUCAUCAGGUCUGAGUCAGAGGGCCCUAACGCUGAUGGAUCUUACAGAUUCCUGUAUGAAACUGAGAACGGCAUCCGAGGAGAAGAGUCCGGCCAGCUGUUGAACGCUGGGGCUGAAAACGAAGCCAUCAGUGUCCAGGGCUCAAACAGCUACACAUCUCCCGAGGGACAGGUGAUCAACCUGGUCUACACCGCCGGAGAGCAGGGCUUCGCCCCUCAGGGUGACCAUCUCCCCACUCCCCCACCAAUCCCACCAGCAAUCCAGAGAGCUCUGGAGUACAUCGCCGCUCACCCACCCCCACCAGAGACCCCUGGCCAAAGGUACUAGACACACAUCUCCUCCAUUCAGCAUCCGACGCUCUGUGAUAUAGUGUACAUAGAGUCAUUCCUGGACACCCAACCAUACACCAUACACAGUUACCAUUCUUCAACUUUCAUCUUGCCCGCGCCCAAAUGUGUUGUCUAUUUUGUAAUUAAAUAUUUAAUUUUCUACCAAAAUCAA